CAUUUGACACCAUAGAAAGUUAAUUACUUCAAGCGACAGCUUCCUCGCUUCACCUCUGCACCAACUGCUCAACGCGUGUGCUUGCGCGGACUAACAUAUUACUGCAUUACCGCUUGUGAUAGCGUAAGCCAACUCCGUAUUCAUCGUUGCCUAGUCGCGCAGCCAAGUCAACACCGGAAACAAAGGCCAGCUUCCGCCAAAGCCGUCCCCGUCGCCGCGGGCCGCGCCCAGGCGUCGAGCAGACUUUUCGAAAUGGGCACAAGCUCUAGCAAGUCGAGUCGAAGGUCCUCGGAGCAGUCUCGUUACCCCACCAUCCCGACCGGCACGCCGGCUGUUGGGGGUUUCGCGCAGUUCCAGAGUCCUACGCUCAAGUUCAGGGCCAUCGCCGACCACUACGCCUCUCUGGAGCAGGUUCAGGAGGACCUGCGCAAGAACGGGCUGGAGAGCUCGAACCUCAUUGUGGCAGUGGACUUCACGAAGAGCAACGAGUGGACGGGCAAGCGCUCCUUCGGCAGUCGCUCGCUGCACGCCAUCGGCGACCAGCCCAACCCCUACGAGGAGGCCAUUGGCGUCAUCGGCCGCACGCUGUCCGCAUUUGACGACGACGGCCUCAUCCCCUGCUACGGCUUUGGAGAUGUGACCACGGGCGACAGCAGCGUGUUUUCCUUCCUGGCGGACGACAAGCCGUGCAGGGGCCUGGAGCACGCGCUGUGGCGCUACCGCGAGCUGUGCCCCUACAUCCGCAUGGCCGGCCCCACCUCCUUCGCGCCCGCGGUGCGGCAGGCCAGCCGCAUCGUGGAGGCCAGCGGCGGCCAGUACCACAUCCUGCUGCUGGUGGCGGAUGGCCAGGUGUCGCGGCCCUCGGGUCUGAUGGACCACCAGAAGUCGGAGCAGGAGCAGGACACCAUUGACGCCAUCGUGGAGGCCAGCUCCCUGCCGCUGUCCAUCGUCAUGGUGGGAGUGGGCGACGGGCCCUGGGACCUCAUGAAGGACUUUGACGACGCGCUGCCCGAGCGCGCCUUUGACAACUUCCAGUUCGUCAACUUCAGCGAGCUCAUGGCCACCACACAGGGCGACCGCGCCCGGCGUGAGGCGCUGUUCGCCCUGCGCGCCCUCAUGGAGAUACCCGAGCAGUACAACGCCAUCCAGCGCAUGGGCAUCCUGGGCCGCACCGCCGGCGCGCAGGUGGCCCGCAGCCGCACGCAGCGCCGCCGCGGCAACCCCCCGCUGGACCCCCCCGUGCCGCCCCACCUCAUGGCCGGCUCCACCUCGGGACCCGGAGCUGCGGGGGCGGCACCAGGGCCGUCGUACGGGGCGCCGGGCGGCGCCGCUGCCGGGUAUGCAGCCGGGUAUGCGGCCGGGCCAGGGCCCCUGGCGGCGGGCCUGGCGGCAUACCCGCCGCCGCGGCCGGCCUCGGCGUCUUGCAGUGGCACCUGCGGUGCUUCGGCCAGCGGCACAGGCGCAGGCGCAGGGGGUGCAGGGAAAGGGACGCAGUCAGCGCGGGCAAGCGGGACCGGCUACACGGGUGGUGCGGGGAUCAGCGGCGGUGCGGCAGCGGGAGCGGCGGGGGCGGGGCCGACGCCCAUGGCGCCGGCGGCCAGCGGCCCCGUGCCUGACCCCAUGUUCGUGUGCCCCAUCACACAAGACGUGAUGAAGGACCCGGUCAUCGCCACGGACGGCUACACGUACGAGCGGGCCGCCAUCACGGACUGGCUGGCGCGCAAGGCCGUCAGCCCGCUCACCAACCAGAAGAUGCCGGGCGGAAAUGCGCUGAUCCCCAACCACAACCUGCGGUCCAGUAUAAUGGAGUGGAAGCAGAAGAACGGCCUGGCGUGAUGACCGGAUGACCGGAUGAGGCGUGUGGCGGCUGGGGUUGUUGUGGAGGUGUACGGUAGUGGGGGCACGGGAUAGGGUUGGGGAGAAUGGUAGUGGCGUGAGGGUACUUGAUUCCAGUCCCAAGUGUCAACUAAACCAACAACCAGAAACAGCCCACAGAGCGAAACGGGGGUUUGGAGGGUGUGUACGUGUGGUGGCACUGGUGCAUUGAGGUGGUGUACAGGGGCGUGGCGGGAUAGCACUGCUGGCGCGUGGUGGUUGUUGCGUGCUUGUGUUGGUUGUGUAAGGUUAUGUGUUUUGACUGUGUGUGGUAGGGCAUAGCGGCAGUGCGGAGGGCAUGGGAUGUGGGUGAGUUUCACUGAGUCGGUGCGUGUGAUCAUGAGAGUAUUGGCGCCGACGUGACUUAGAGGCUGAGCUGUUGCUUGACAGAGGUGAGACCGAGGACGGAGGCCUGCAGCGUAUAAUGGAUCCAGGUUGCGUGUGUGCGUCACGUGUGUGCGCCAGCCACUGUGUGGGUGUGCUCGUCAAGCAGGGCGAGGGUGACUCCUGGGCGGCUGGAGGGAGACGGAGAGCCCAAACGCAAACUGGAGACCUACACGCCAUAUGCCGUGGGGUCCGUACGGCCUGGCUCGCCAACAUGGAUAGCGAGUAUGGUUGUGUGUGUGCGUGUGUGUGUGUGUGUGUGUGUGUGUGUGUGUGUGUGUGUGUGUGUGUGUGUGUGCGCGCGUAUGCAUGUGCGUGUGUACGUCUUCCUUACACUGGAUGGUCUUGAGGGUUUUUCACACGAACGGUAUGCGGCACGCGUACAUGGGUUGUAUCUGCCUUACUCCAGGGAGUAGCCGGCUCCUUCACUUGACUUCAGAGAUUACGUUAUUUUUUUCAUGCCCAUGUCACGCGGUUCAUAACGCGUACUGUCAUACUGCUCAUACAUCCUAUGCGGGGCGGCGACAAUGUGCCUCACAUGCGCCUAUACGGCACAUGUGCGUUUGCAAAGGGCUUGUGACAACGCCACGCGACCCCCCGGGGAGAAUGGAACACCAAAAAAUUUCGCGACUAGGCGGGUGUUGUUCUCGCUGGGGGACGAGCGGCCCAAGGAACGGGUAGGAAGGGUUCUGGCAGCACACGCAGGGUGUAUGAUGACACGCUGGGUGUUUUAUACCUCCGGCUCGUGGGAGUAGAUGAGCUACACCUCGGAUAGGAGUAGAGUUGUUGCAGCGGAAGGUAGGGUAGGGUAUCGAGACGGAGCAGCAGUACGGAAGGUGACGGUGGCUCGAACGGGAGACCUUGUUGUUGAGGUGGUGUGAACGGUCUGGGGUUUCACACGCACGGUGUGGCAGAGCUGGAUGAGCUGUGUCACGUGCUGAGAGUGCAGAGCUUGGGCUGGGGUUUACCCGAAGCUAUGCUAUCUGCGCUGAGUGUUUGGCUGCGGGAGACGGGGUCUUGUCUGGAUCUUGUGUCGAGGGGAACUCGGGGAACUUGAGGGAGUAGGGAGAAGGGGGAAGAAGGGGCUUGCAGGCACGAGGUCGCUGCAGCUGGGCCGUUAUCGGCAGGCUGACUUGGCUGGAUUGCCGGGAGUCUGAGUCGGAUAACGUUCACAGCUGGCGGUUGAGUCCUAGCCGGAGGGAGACGGGGGAAGACACAAGGGCAGACACCAAAGUACUCGUGUACGUUACAGUGGUUGGCCCUUUCGGGUACUCGGAAGGCCAGGUAGUCUGAGCUGGGCACCGGAUACUUGGAAACAACUCCGUCAACGUUUAAGUAUGGCCGGCG